CCCUUGCCAUGGAGAAGGGCGCGAGAUAGAAAUCCAGGAGCGCGGACAACCCGGGCGCUCUGCUCCAGCUGGUCACAAGCUGCUUGCUACAUUCAACACAACAGCACCGAGGCCUCCAUCUCAACCAGCGGUCACCUCCUAAAGACAACAAAAAAAAAAAAGAAGCGGAAUACAACUCAACAGUAUCUAAUAUUCAUGCACAUGACGUGAAACGACAGCAGGACAAAUCACCGUCUGACCGUAAACAACAGAAACCGAGGGAAAUGUCUUGGUGGGCGCGCUGUGAUGAUGGAGAGGAGGCCAUGCAUCAAGACACCGAUUCUGAUGUGGCAGAUCAGCGAGAUGGUGGGAAAGUGAAGGUGAAAUGGACACCAGAGGAGGAUGACCAGCUCAAGGCUCUGGUUCAAAAGCUAGGACCCACUGAUUGGAAAUACAUUGCCAGCUAUAUACCAAAUCACAGUGAACACCAGUGUCAGCACCGUUGGUUUAAGAUCUUGGACCCAGAAUUGGUUAAAGGUCCCUGGACAAAGGAGGAGGACGAGAAGGUUAUAGAGCUUGUAAAUCAAUAUGGCAACAAACAGUGGGCAAUGGUCGCCAAGCAUCUGAAGGGCAGACUGGGGAAGCAAUGUAGGGAGCGCUGGCACAAUCACCUCAACCCCAAUGUGAAGAAAUCAUCAUGGACAGCCGAGGAGGACCUCAUCAUCUACAAGGCUCACUGUCUGCUCGGAAACCGCUGGGCUGAGAUUGCCAAGUUGCUCCCUGGAAGGACGGAUAAUGCCGUGAAGAAUCACUGGAAUUCCACCAUCAAACGCAAGUUAGAGAUGGGUUUCUAUGCCGGGGAGGUCUUUAGGCCCAAUGAACUUGAAGAGCUGUUGGCCCGUGUGAAUAAAGACAUGCAGAUUCCCGGUGGUUCCCAAGAUGAUCCAGACAAAGAUGCAGAGCAGAAAACACAUAAUUCAAUGCAGGAAACUCCAGGCUCAGUCUCUGUUGAAACUGGCCGCGGUGAAGCAGGACCGUCAAAUGCUGUGUCCUCCCCUAAGGACGGUUUAAGCCCCAAGACUGAAGCAGACUCCAGCUGGGUGGUGGACAGUUCUGGCUUUCUCUCUCCUUCUGGCCCAGCGCUGAAAGAAGUGCUGGAAUUGGUUGAUGGGGACCUCGAUGGCUGGUGCAACCUCGCAGCCUUUGACCUGCCUGAGGACAGUCCAAGCCCGGAGCGCCACCAGUUUCGUCUGGAGGGCAGUGCCCUGCAGGAGUUAAGCAAAGGCAGCAAGGGGGAACUCAUCCCCAUCUCUCCUGGAGGCGUGACGCCACCCUCCACACAGAUCCGUAGGAGCAGGAGAUACAAUGCCUUUUCUCCGGAUGCUAAUAACUCCAUGACCCCCAAGAGCACUCCGGUCAAAAUCUUGCCCUUUUCUCCAUCUCAAUUCCUCAACAUGUGGACCAAGCAGGACACUCAUGACCUGGAGAACCCAUCCCUCACAUCCACGCCAGUCUGCAGCCAGAAAGCCAUUGUUACUACACCGCUACAACGUGACAAGACCCCCCACACUCAGAAAGAAAACUCAGCAUUUGUUACACCCAACCACAAGUCUGAGCUCUGCACCACCCCACGAACUCCAACGCCUUUCAAAAAUGCCAUGGAGAAGUAUGCGCUGAUGCCUUUGCCUCAGACUCCAAACCUUGAAGAUGACAUCAACGAAGUCAUCCUAAGAGAUGCAGGGAUCAACGUGAUUCAUUUACGGUCCACUCCACCCAAGCAAAGACGCAAAACAACGCAUCGGCCUCCUAUGAAGAAAGUACGGAAAUCUUUGGCCCUUGAUGACAUGGACUGCCAGGUGAGGCCUACGUCCAAACGGAAGUCUCACAAACAUAGCAUCAAGGACGACCCCAUGAUAGUUUCUUUCAACUCUUCCUCAAUCUGCAGUAAGCGACAUGAUAAUAUAUUGGACCAGGGCUUCCUUCUGGGACCGAGUGACAGUGCCAUAUUUCCCAGCACAAUGCCCCCCCGUCUGGCAAGUUUUUAAAAAAAAAUCUUAAAAGGAAUUGAUAUCCUCAACCGUUGUAAAGUAUUUUACCGUGACGUUUCUACCUGAACCUAACCCUUCUGUGAUUGUGUUUUGUUUCCGUCUUCAGAUGUCAAAAGAAUGGGAGAUGGUUGUUUGUGGACAAACUAAAGAUCAGCUCAUCAUGACAGAAAAAGCAAGACACUACCUCCGCUCACUAAAAUCCCACGCCACCAACCGAGCUCUGAUUCUGUCCUGAGAGAUCUCGCAUCUGUGCAUCAAUAUGUUACACUUUCUGAACCUCAUGUUGUUGUUAUCCUCCUGCUUUCUGCGGUUGCAAUUCUCGGUGGUGAAAACGUGGCAUUAGUAGGCUUAGUGCAGUUUUUGAAAGAAGUUCAUAGCAAUCAUAGCUGAUAUUUUUACAUCCCUAUCAAAUAUUGGAGAGAGAAUGUUGUUUUUUAGAGUUGGUCCUACUCUCAUGCCAUGUGCAUGACUUGAAUAACGCGUUAAUCACAUUUUUCUGUAUGCAUGUCACCUGAACAUGUUUGAAAAGAACAAUGAUUGUAAAAAUGAAAAUCAAGACUAAAUGUGUGCUAUCACUGAAAGACAUAGUUUUACAUUGCCCUAUGUGUCUGUAAUUUAGCAGUUUUUAAAGUUGUAAAGAACAUACACUCAGGUUGCAGCUCCAUAUUUCAAGUUCUGUUGUAUAACUAGAAUAUGGAGUAAAAUUAGACAGUAUUACAUACUUUUGAAAAUUAGGGAUACAUGUUAAAAAUGUAGAGUGAACAUUAUCGAAAAAAAACUAUUUUGCUCUUGAUACUAAAUAUGCACCUCAAUAUGCAUAUUAGUUAGAGUUAGAAUCUCACAUUGAGAAAAUGAUAUUUCCUGGAAGUGUUAUAGUCUCUGCAGCACAUUAAUCCUUCAAGGUGGUGCUACUACUUGGUUACAACAAAGUGAUGAACAUACUCGACAGUGUUUUAUGCAAUAACUGGGUAGAUAACAUGUCAUGGACGCAUUGAAGCUGUGCCAGCAUUCAUGGAAGAGGUAUUGUUUGUAAAUAUUUAGUGUUGAAUGUUUUUUUGUAAUGAAAGAAAUUUGUUUAAAAAAUAAAAUAAAGCUAUUAGAA